GGCGGGAUCUUUCUCCGGAAACGGUCGCUCCCCCAACAAGUCCGCCCUCCUUCAGAGGCGGCAACCUGAAGGAGGACUUGGAGAAGCCACCUUUUUUCUGGACUACAAUUCCCAUGUUUUAGAUUUUUGCAGUCAGUAGUCUGAAAAAGGAGCUUUUCUAGGCUUUGUGGCCACCAGAUAUCCAGAGCUCUAAAACUGCCCUUUAAAACAAACACUACACCUCCCAGAAUUCCUACCAAGUUGGCCCAGGAACUGGAAAGAUGGGAGUUGUAGUCUUGAACAAACCUUCAUAUCAAGAAGUGGGAGACCUUAUCUUUUGGAGCUACAACUGUAUAAUCCUGGUGGCGCUGCUGGCUGGGGAUUCUGGGAGUUGUAGUGGGGAUAAGAAGGAACAAAGCUCUGAGCCCCUCCGGCCUGAGGACCACGUUUGCCGGAAGAACCUCGGCCGGAAAGGAACGGCGUUACAUUCCUGAAAGGGGGAACGGAGCUGGGCUGGAGGGGCGAAGGGAGCAGCUCCUCUACAGAGCCUUUUCUUCCUCUCUCUGGCAGGGCGAAGGCUUUCUUCUCCCUCCCGAGGUCUGUAGGAAAAAUGUCGGAGAGAAGAAAUGAACAAGGAGGACAUCAAGUACCAGAGAAAGGCUGAAUGUUUGGAUGCCGUAGAGGGUGUUGAGAAUCAAGAUGCAAACACAAAGCUUGGAGGAAAGCAAGUAGAGGAGGAGAUGGACAUAUCCAUGGCUUUUCCAGAGGAAGUCCAUCAGAAAAUAUCCGAGGGAGAGCGAAGCCAUGAGUGCCCCAAGUGUGGGGAAACUUUUGGACAGAGAUCACCUCUUACAACCCAUGAAAGAAUUAACUCAGGGGGAAAACCAUAUAAAUGUCUGGAGUGUGGAAAAACAUUCAGUCACCACGGAGACAUUGUUAGAUAUCACAGGACCCACACAGGCGAGAAACUGUUUAAAUGCCUGGAAUGUGGAAAGAGUUUUAGUCAGUCUGCAAACCUUGCUAAACACUUCAGUAUCCAUAAAGGUGAGAAACCAUUUGAAUGCUUGCAAUGUGGGAAAACCUUUAGACUGAGAGAAAUUCUUCUUAUUCAUGAAAGAACUCACUCAGGAGAGAAGCCAUUUAAAUGUCUGGAAUGUGGAAAAAGCUUCUGUCAUCCUGCACAUCUAAUUAGACAUCGCAGGACUCACACAGGCGAGAAGCCAUUUAAAUGUCUGGAGUGUGGAAAGAGUUUCAGUCAAUCUGGAAAUCUUGCUGCACACCUUAGGACCCACACAGGCGAGAAACCAUGUGAAUGUCUGGACUGUGGGAAAACCUUUGUAAAGAGAUCACAUCUUACCACCCAUGAAAGAAUUCAUUCAGGGGAGAAACCAUUUAAAUGUCUGGAGUGCGGAAUAAGCUUUGGUCGAUAUACUGCCCUUGCUAUACAUCACAGGACCCACACAGGCGAAAAACCAUUUGAAUGCCAGGAAUGUGGGAAAAGCUUUGGGCUGAGAGCACAUCUUACAGCCCAUGAAAGAAUUCAUUCAGGGGAGAAACUGUUUACAUGCCCAGAGUGCGGAAAGAAUUUCAAUCGGAGUGAAAACCUUGCUACACACCUCAGGAGCCACACAGGCGAGAAGCCAUUUGAUGCCAAGAAUGCGGAAAGACCUUUCGAAUGAAAAUAUCCUUCACUAUUCAUCGAAGAAUUCACAGGAGGAAGAAACCUGACAUAGGUCUUGAAUGUGGAAAAAGCUUUAUUUGUGGUGUCGAUCUUAUUAAAGAUAAGCACACCCUCAAGAGGGAGAAGCCCUUUAAGUGUCUGAGGUGUGGAAAGUGUUUCAGUCAAAAGUCAAGACUUGCUAUCCAUCAAACCAUCCACAUAGAAAAGAAAUCAUUUAAGUGUCCAGAGUGUGGAAAGGCCUUCAGAAAGACGUCCCAUCUUGAGGUACAUUGUAGAACUCACAUUUCAGAGAAAAGUUAUAAAUGCCCUGAGUGUGGAAAAAGGUUAAAGUCAGGUCAGACCCUUAGAAUAUACCGAAGAGUCCAUACAGGGGAGAAACCUUUUAAGUGGCAGGAUUGUGGAAAGAACUUCCGUCAGAGAGGUAAACUUACUAUGUGUUACAGAAUCCACACAGGGGAGAAGCCUUUUAAAUGCCUGGAGUGCGGAAAGUGCUUCAAUUGAAGGCACUGUCUUCAUCCCCAACCUUUUCUAAACCAUGGAGUGGUUGGAGGGGGGGGGUCUGUGCGUGCGGGGCACUCCCCGUUCAUGGGUAGAUGGGGCACGCUCAUGCAUUUGUGGGUGUCCACGUGUGCACACACAAAGAUGGACAGCGCGUGCUUGCGGGUGGGAGGGGCGUUCUUGUAUCGGUGGGGUGCACUCACAUGCAUGCACAGGUGUGCGCGGCACACGUGUACGCAUGGGUGAGGCACCCCUGUGGGGGGGGGCGUGCGUAGAGAGCAUGCGUGUGUGUGGUGUGGGAGCUCUGUCUCUGCAGCCUGGGCCUGUCAAGGUUGGGGAUCCCAUCUUUAAAGGAUGCAUGGAGAGAGUACAUCCACCCCCGUUGUAAUGAUGGGUUGUAUUCCUCCAUUCAUCCAUGUGAGUAAGGGAGGACAAAACUGGAGAGUCAAACAUGGAAUAGAAAAGUUUGAAUGGGAAAACUCCACAGAUCCUCGCAGCAGGAGGUGUCACAAUUACUUGAAGAAUGUGUUUAUCACCUCUUUCUCAAGUGACAAAGUUCAGUGUCUUAAUCUUAAAAAUAAACCACCAUCACCAUGA